UAUUAUUGUUAGUAACUAUUUCUAUUUAUGUUAAACGUAUUUUCAGAUAGAAUGGCAGAAAUUAUGAAAAAAGACAUAGAUUUAGAAGAAUUUGAGAUAAAAGAAGAGUUAAUUUCCAAAAAUGAAGAAAUCCUUCCCUCCUCUAUUGUAAAGAAUACAUGUACUGUUAAUCUAUAUAAAAAUGGUGUUAAGAUUGAUAAAACAGAAAUACAAGAUGUAUUGAAUACUGUAAUACAGGAUACUGUAGAGAAUAAACCUGUAUUUGAUCCUGAUUUUCACACUGAGCUAAUCAUUAAACACGAAAACGAACAUACAGAAAACAUGGAUGAAGUAUUUGAACCAGAGCCUAAGAAAAGUAAGAAAAAGAACAGCAAAGGGGAAUUUCAUUGUUUUGAUUGUGAGUAUGUUGCAACCAGAGCUUAUCAUCUGAAAACUCAUGUUGAAAGUAAACAUGAAGGAGUGAGAUAUCCUUGUUGGCAAUGUGAGUUUGCGGCAACAACAGCAGGAUCUUUGAAGAUUCACGUUUAAAGUAAACAUGAAGGAGUGGGAUA